AUUAGACGAUUUCACCGACAUCUGAUCAUACAACCGGAACCAUCCGUGCUGGUGGACAGGAUGCACGCUGCCAUCAGGCGAUAUGCCACCGUCUCUCCCGACAAGGCAGUCAGAUUUGGAAGCAAAACGCUGACGCUCGAGCACUUCCUCCAGCGGCAAAAGGUCAUGAAUCUAUGGCGAGAAUGCGUACGCACGAUCAACAAGAUCCCUCCGUCCAUGUCUACAAGAAAGGAAAUGCGAGACUAUGCUCGGUAUGAGUUUGAACGUUACCGAGAUAUCGAGGAUCUGGGACAUAUACGAUACUUGGUGUCAACUGGCAAAACACAACUGGACUCUAUGAGUAGAUAUGUCGAGCAGAAUGCCAUGAAAUGAAUCCAUCGCGAUAGUGUGUUGUUGUUGUUGUUGUUGUUAUUGUUGUUGUUCUCUUCACCGGCUUGACCGGAACAGCUCUCUGGCUUCCACACAGCUCGCCAUGGAACCAAAAUCCCCAAGAGCCAAUCACGAUAUACAUUGAUCUUGACACCACCCCAACGCAGACAUUGCGUUACGAAUCAUGAAUCAUUCGCCCAAAGAGCGGGUAUCCAGGCACCUGAAUUCUAGCAAGCACAAAUAUCUUGGUGGAACUUCCACCAUCACCAUCUGCCAACACCAACAAGAAAGACAAGACCGCCUCCAUCAUGCCCCCUUCUCCAACGACGACAAACGGUCUCACCCGUCGAGACGUCGAAGCUGAGCAUCUCGCAGCGCCAUGUUCACCCGCCAGAACGAUCCGCUCCCAGUCCGCAAGCAUUCAUUCCACCACCCCACCUCUCUAUUCCGUCGAAGACCCCGACCAACCUCCCAACUACUGGGAAGAAUCUAAUUAUUCCCGACCCGUCUUUGUCACCACCGCGUUCACACUCAAACCACCACACUACCACGGCAGCAGGUCCGGCCUUCGCUCCCACGACUCUGAAGAGUCGAGAUAUCAAGCGUACUGGCUGGGACUAGAAAUGGGAGCCGCCUCUCGAUAUCCUCCGCCUGCUCUUGCUUUGAGGCGUAGGAGGAGGAGGAGGGCCGGGACUUCCAAUGUGAGGCACUGUGUCGCGAUCGGUGCGGUCAUCACGGUUGUGCUGGUGAUAGCUUUCGCGGUCAAGGGGAAGUUCGAGACAGAGCGGCAUCAUGCGAAUACUGGUUAUUGAUAGACGCAUUCUUGAAAAAUGUGGAAUUUUUUGUGACUGGUAAGGAGGGGAAGAAGUAAGUAAGGGAGUACAUAGGCGUCAGUGGAAGAUACAUGUAGCUUUCAUGUACAGUGAUGGAAGUUUGCAGAUGGACAGUUUUGGUGGGAAUUAGGAAGGAAGAGGAAGAUAGUUGUGCGUGAAUGAAUGAGGGCUACUGCGAAGGUUGCUACCUAGAUAGCGAGAGUCUCACAGCGAGUUGCUCGAAGGUUCAAACUGUUUUUG